UUCUCACAGUUUUUUCGUCGUUUUCGUGCAGAAAGUCGCCAUGAAAGGUGCUAAAGCUAAGGCUGACACCAGAAAAACCGACAGCAGGCUGAGGAGUAAAAGUGCUGCAACGGGAAAGAAACCAUCGAAGAAAGCCGCAAAGGAUCCAAACAAGCCGAAGAGGCCUGCGAGUGCAUUCUUCGUUUUCAUGGAGGAGUUUAGGAAGCAAUACGCAAAAGAACAUCCCAAUAACAAGGCCGUGUCCGCGGUCGGUAAAGCUGGAGGUGAAAAAUGGAAAUCAAUGUCUGAAGCUGACAAAGCUCCUUUUGUAGCCAAAGCAGAGAAGAGGAAGACCGAGUACAACAAGAACAUGCAGGCUUACAAUAAGAAAUUGGCUGAGGGAGGAAAUGGUGCGGAUGAGGAGUCUGAUAAGUCCAAGUCUGAAGUGAACGAUGAGGAGGAUGAAGAGGAUGAGAGCGGAGAGGAGGAAGAUGACGAUGACGAGUAGAUGAAAGCGCGGGGGGAUGAGCAAUUGGUGUAUUGGUUGCUUAGGACUACUUGCAAUUUCAGAUUCACUCUUUUGUCUAAUAUCAUAAAAUAGCUACUUUUUUUAUUUCCUUUAAUGGUAGAAUUAGGUUUAGAGAAAGAAGGGAUUAGUUUCAGGAUCUUGCUGUGUCCCAUGUGGUUCUGUACCUAAUCUUUUCAUCCUUCAAUGAUUUAGCUUGCCUUCAUGCUUUAAA